AUGGUCUACUUUAACAGGUCAGGCAUAUCAUCCCAGAGAAGAUCUUGGCCACUAUAUUUGACAAUCCUUGCUUUUCUUGGAGUGGCGGCAAUCGUGGGAAUAACUAUUGGUCUCCUUGUUCAUUUUCUGGCAGUCGGAAAGAUUUACCAUUACCAAGGGGAUUUUCAUAUUUCUGGAGUCACAUACAAUGAUAGCUGUGAAAAUGCAGCCUCACAAGUUAGCAAAGGUCUGAGCAAAGAUAUUGAGACUAAGAUGCUUGAUGGAUUUCAAAAUUCUAGCAUAUAUAAAGAAUAUGUCAACUCUCAGGUCAUCAAACUUCUCCCUUUUCCCAAUGGUUCAAGUGUGCAGCUUCAGCUGACAUUCAAGUUUCCUCCAGCAAAGAGGGGGAUCAUGAAGCCUGCAAUCAAAGCUGUCUUACUUCAGCUGUUGAAAGACAACAUGGCGACCUGGAAUGCAGUUCCAGCUUCCAUUAAACUUACGGAAAUCAGCAAGACUGAUGCCGAAAUGCUUACCAACAAAUGUUGUGGGAGACAACUGGUCAAUAAUAUCAGAGCAGGCAACCGAAUCGUGAAUGGGGGAGAUGCCCAGACAGGGGCAUGGCCUUGGCAGGCAAGUAUGCAGUGGAAGGGCCAACACAACUGCGGAGCAUCUCUGAUCAGCAGCAGGUGGCUACUAUCUGCAGCUCACUGCUUUACUCAGAAAAACAAUUCAAAAGAUUGGACCGUCAACUUUGGAACUUUAUUAAAUAAACCAUAUCUGACACAGAAAGUCCAAAGCAUUAUUUCUCAUGAAAAUUUUAGCGGGCCUGGGGUCCACAAUGACAUUGCCCUGGUGCAGCUUGCUAAAGAAGUCUCUUUCUCAAAGUAUGUCCGUAAAAUUUGUCUUCCUGAAGCCAAAAUGAAGCUCGCAGACAAUGACAGUGUUGUAGUUACAGGAUGGGGAACACUUUAUAUGAAUGGUCCCUUUCCAAAUAUCCUUCAAGAGGCCUUGGUGAAGAUUAUCGAUAACAAAGUUUGCAAUGCUCCACAUGCAUUAUCUGGCUUAGUGACCGAUAACAUGCUAUGUGCUGGAUUUAUGUCAGGAAAAACUGAUGCCUGUCAGAAUGAUUCUGGUGGACCACUAGUUUACCCUGACUCUAGAAAUAUCUGGCACCUUGUUGGAAUAGUAAGCUGGGGUGAUGGAUGUGCUAAAAAGAAUAAGCCAGGUGUCUAUACUCGAGUGACUGCUUAUCGUGAUUGGAUUACCUCCAAGACUGGACUCUGA